ACAAUAACAAUAAUUACACAUACACCCUCUUACUAUUAACAAAUUACACAUACUACCCUACUAUUCUUAACAAUAAUAACAAAUGUUGAUAAGAACUUCAGCUCUUGUUUAUCUUCCCUCUUUUGAACUUAACACUUUGAAAACUCUGAAUUAAGGAAAACAAUGUCCUUCAAUUGCAUAGUGGAAGUUGUUUUUGGCCAACAAACAAACUUUAUCUGCACGUUGCAUUCUCUUGGAGCUUACUUAAAUUUUAGAUUUCUUCUAUCAUGGUUCUGUAGGUUUGUCAAACUAGAUGUGUGCUUAUUUUUGCUUUGCAGAAAUGAUGGGCGCUUUUGUUGGUUGAAUUAGUUUUUAUGCUGUUAAAAUGUCAAGAGUUGACAGUUUUUCUGACUGUUGAAUUUGUUGAGUAAUUUUAUCUCUGCUGUGAAUUUAUUGUGCUGCACUCCAGCCUCUUCCAGAAACUGUGGCACUUGUGGAGGACAUUGUUGUGGAGUAUGUUACAGAUAUGGUGCAUAAGGCACAAGAUAUUGCAUCGAAAAGGGGAAAGCUCUUAACUGAGGAUUUUCUGUUCUUAAUUCGGAAGGACUUACCAAAACUUAACCGCUGUACAGAAUUGCUGUCUAUGAAUGAGGAGCUGAAACAAGCCAGGAAGGCUUUUGAGGUAGAUGAAGAGAAGCUAGCAACAAUCGAGUGACGGGAGAGAACACACACUAUUCACUUGUUAUUUUUACUCUUAUAUAAAUCUAAGCCCAAGUAUUUGUUCUGUAAAUAGUAUUUUCGCAAACUAAUCCAAUUAAGAGGGUGAUACCCCCAACACACAUGCUAGUGCACACAGAUUUUGCAAUAAAAAACAUCAUUGCAGGUGUUUGCCGAGGAAUUAGCGAUGAUGUGAGCUUUUCAACAACUUUAACGAAAAGCUAUUUCCUCGGUGACUUUUGCCAUCAAGCAUCUCAAGAGUGAGUUCUGAUACCCAGGGACUGAUACAUCUUUCAUCGAGCAAAGCAAUAAGCUGCCUUUAUUUUCUUCCUUCAUAGAUCAUCCACUAUGUAUUGUUUACAUACCCACUUAUAUAUUAUGUGCUCUACUUGAAUUGGUCAUAUUUGAAUUCAGAGCAAAUAGGUGAUAUAUUAACGAAGAACAUGGAAGAAGAAAUGUAUUGGAGGAAAUUUCAGUACUAUGACAACAG